AUGCAAAUGGGUCCUGAGAGGAGGCUCUCUAAAGAGGCAGCUGUGAGCAAACAUGUAGAGUUUCAAGGGGUGGAGAUUUUAUGGCUGCAAAAAGCUGAGGAGCAGAGAAAGAAGAAGCAGUUGCUGCUGGAGACUGUGUCUGUGGAGAGGAAGGCGUUCCCCAAAACAUCCGGCCACCCUGUGCCACUGAUGGUCUCCCCAGGCUUGGUCUCCUCGCCAGACAAUGCUUGGAACGAAGUCUGUGAGGACCUGAGGGUGGGACCUGCUGCCUCUGGAGCCACUCCACUGGCGCUGCUCGAUGACAGCGGGGAGGAUGAAGUUUUUGUGAAGGACAAGAAGAACCGUGGUGAGGAGGAGACGGCUGUGCUAACGAGAGGCCAGGGAAGGAUGAUGGAGGAGGGGGAAGCAGCCACGGCAGGAUAUGAAGAUGUCCUUGGGCAGAGGCACUCCGACAUCUCCACUGAUCUGUACAGCUCACAGUUUGAAAACAUCCUAGACAAUGCAUCUUUAUACUACAGCGCGGAGUCGCUGGAGACGUUGUACUCGGAGCCCGAUAGCUACUUCAGCUUUGAGAUGCCACUCACUCCCAUGAUCCAGCAGCGCAUGAAGGAGGGCAGCCAGUUUUUAGAUCGAACGUCAGCCCUGGGGCAGCCAGAUGUCCUGCAGCUUCCCCCAGAUGGGGAGGUGAAGGGCUGCAGUGAAGGCAUCACCAAUGGUUUAAGGGAUGUAAGCGAAACACUCUUCAGAGGAGACGUCACCGAAGUUCCCCGUUUGGAAAG